AUGUCUGCAGAGAAAUUAACAACAGUUGAAGAACUUCAAGCUAAACUUCUGGAUGCUUAUCGAAAAGAAUUUUCAAAUGAUGAACCAACAAUCUGUGCAUUUGCGCCUGGAAGAGUUAAUUUAAUUGGUGAACAUUCAGAUUAUAAUGAUUGUUUUGUAUUUCCAAUGGCUACACCAAUUGGUACGAUGAUUAUUGGAAAAGGUUUAGAUGAAACAGAAGGUGAAAAAUGUUAUUUUCGUACAUUAUCAGAAGAUAUCAAAGAAUCGAAAUCAUUUGAAAUUGAUCAAAAGGAAAAAAUUACACCAUUAGAAUCACCAAAAUGGGGAAAUUAUGUUGUUGGUGUACUUGCAUUAUUUUUAGAACGUAUUAAACCAAAUAAAAAACGACCAUUUCGUGCACUUAUAGCAACAUCAGUACCUAUCGGAGGUGGUCUUAGUUCAUCAGCAUCUAUCGAAGUAUCGAUGGGUAUAUUCCUUGAGUUACUUUACAAAGAUCAAUAUGCUAAUGAUUUACAACUAUCAAAAGUCGAAAUGGCAUUAUUAUGUUGUAAAGCUGAACAAGAUUUUGCAAAUGUUCCAUGUGGUGUUAUGGAUCAAUAUACAUCAUGUAUGGGUAAAGCUGGUCAUGCUAUACUAGUUGAUUGUCAUGAUAAUACAUCUAAAUUAAUUAAAUUCGAUGAUAAAGAUACAUGUAUAUUAGUGACAAAUUCAAAUGUUAAACAUGAAUUAUCAUCAGGAACAUUUGCUGAAAAUGUACAACAUUGCCAAGACGCUGCUAAAUUAUUAGGUCAUAAAACUUUACGUGAUGUUUCAACAAUGGAAGAACUUGAAGAAGGUCGUAAUAAAAUGCCAGCAGCAACAUAUCGACGUGCACAUCAUGUUAUAAGUGAACGUAUUCGUACAGAAGCUGGUGCUAAAUUUUUAGAAAACGGUGAUUAUGAUGAAUUUGGUCGUAUUAUGUAUGAAAGUCAUGAAUCAUUACGUAAAUAUUUUGAAGUAUCAUGUGAAGAGUUAGAUCAAUUAGUCGAAUUAGCACGUGGUGUUGAUGGUGUAUAUGGUUCUCGAAUGACUGGUGCUGGAAAUGGUGGUUGUACUGUAACAUUAGUGAAAAAAGAUUCAUUAAAGAAAUGUAUUGAAACUAUUAAAAAUGGUUAUAAAGGCAAAGCAAGUUUCUAUGAAUUUGAACCAUGUGAUGGCGCUCGUCCAAUGGAUCUCAAAAAAUCCAAUAAUAAUUAA